AUGAAUUUAUCUGCAACGAGCAGUAGUAGUAAUAAUAGGGGUAGUGAUGUUGGAGGUGGAACUAUCAACGUGAAUAAUAUUGUAAAUAGCAACAAUAAGUUGGCCGAGUCGAGAACGUCCUUAAAUCGGGAUCAUAUUCUGGCAACCAUGAAUCAUGAUUUACAACUUUCUCCUGCCGGCUCCGAACGGAUAGAAAGGAGGAGCCUUAUGAAUGGGCUCUCAACUCCACAACAUGGAAGUAGUGCUAUGAGCAGCCCUUCCAAGAAAUCCAUACAAGUGAGCCCUAUCGUUGAGAGGUUGAAUGCUGUCAAGACUAGUGCUCAGACGUUCAAUGGGGACCUCAUGGAAGAUUUGACAGCAAAGAAAGAAGUAGAACAAACAAAAGUAUUCGAACUGAGAGAUACAGUGGCAAAAAUUGAAAAAGAUCUCACGGUGGAAAUGAGGAAACGAGCAGAAGGCGAUAAGGUUUUACAAACUUUGUGUGAUAAUAAGAUUAACACUGUACAGGAUGCCAUUGAAAAGAAAAUGAAUGAGAAAUUUUGCCAAAUGCAACUAGUGAUUGAUACACUUUCGAAACGUGUGAUCAAUCUCGAACAAUUACUGGCAGAAGAAAAGGACUAUGCAUCUAAAUUUUCCAACACUAUGAAAACAGGAGUUAUUGGACAGCUAGAAGAGCUCAGAAGCAUGAUUGAGGAAGAGAGAAUGAACAGAAUGGAAAAGGAAGCACAAUUGACCAGAAAAAUCAAUGAUGAAUAUUUCAAAGUUUCACAAAAACUAGAAAGUGAAAAAAAGGCUAGAGAAUUGUUUAUAACUUCAACUAGAGAAGACAUGGAACGAGUAGAACAAGCAAAGGCAAGGAUUGAUCAAGAUUUCAGAACUAGGAUUUUCGAAGAGGUGGACAACUUAAGAGAGGAACUAAGGCGAGAAACGGAACAGCGAGAAAUUGUCGAUGAACAAAUUGUAAAUUCUCUGGACACGAUCAUCAAACAAGUGCAUGACUCUCUGAGAAUGGUGACCAAGUAA